UUGGUAAAAGUCGAUCUUUCUCUUGCAAUUUGGUUUUAAUUUGUUAAAAUAGGCAUUCAAUAAGUGUUUCUUUCCCGUUUUCCAGACAGAAUGGCUGCGAAACUGUUGUCGCUGAUCCUCAUAGUGGCCGCCGCGGCGAUGGCCGACGACGAGCCGACCGCAGCGAGGUUGCUGGUGUCGAAACACGUAUUGAACAAGUACUUGGUUGAGAAUAUGGAUAUUUUGGUGAAGUAUACGCUGUACAACGUGGGCACAGCGCCGGCGGUAGACGUGAAGCUGGUGGACAACGGGUUCCAUCCGGAUGUGUUCUCGGUGGUGGGUGGGCAGCUGACGGCGCAGAUCGAGCGCAUCGCGCCCCAAGCCAAUGUCUCGCACGUCGUCACCGUGCGCUCCAACCGAUACGGAUACUUCAACUUCACCGCCGCCGAAGUCACAUACAAGCCCAGUGAAGAUGCCACAGAGGUCCAAUAUGCCAUCAGCAGUUCCCCAGGAGAGGGCGCCAUCGUCGCUUUCAAAGACUACGACCGCAAGUUCUCAUCCCACAUCCUGGACUGGGCCGCGUUCGCAGUCAUGACCCUGCCCUCUCUCGCCAUACCCUUCGGACUCUGGUUCACCUCCAAGAGCAAAUACGAAAAGCUCGCGAAACAUAAGAAGACUCAUUAGUUGAAUUACUGUAGUUAGAUAGCAAAGCCACUGCCAAUGUAAUACGCAAUUAGUCAAUUUUAUUAUAAGCUUAGGGUCUAAUGAGUGAUGUUAUUAAUUAUUUUCAAAAACAAGUCCUCAUUUAUUGUUACAGAUACUGUAAGGAUAGAUUUAUAUGCAAUGCAUUUUUGGUAUGAUUGUGUUGUGGAUCAAAUACUAGGUAAUGCUUGUUACAUUUGCAGUGUCAAUUUUCACCUUAAACCAUUAGUUGUCGUUCAUCUACAUCUUUGUUAAUAAUUUAUAUGAACAAUAAAAAGACAAUUUUUA